AUAGAGAGAAGUAAACACUCACGAGUCACAAAAAAAGAGUUGUUCGUCGAUCACAAUUUUAGGCCCUUUUGCCAAUUAAUUUGCGAUAUUUUAAACAUUUUAUAAAAAUGCUUUCAAUAUUACCACCUGGUAUGAGUGAUAGUUCGGACGAAAACCUCACCGAUAGUUCAGAUAAUGAGGAUGUUUCGGCUAGGCCAAGGCAUGAUGAUGCAGACGAGGGCAAUUCAUUACCACUGGACGGGAAGUCGACCAAGCCUCCUCCGCGUGGAGUAUCACAAAUUCAGUGGGAGAAAUUUUUAGAACUGCAGAAGGAUAGGGAACAAAUUCCUUCUUCAUCAGUGGAUAUGGUGACUAGAAGAAACAGAAAGAGAAGACGUCAGAGAGAAAAAAGAUGCAAGAAUAAAGAGGACAGCAAAAUAGAAGGAUAUGGGAACAGCAGUGCUGAAAGUAAUGCUGGAAGAAAAGAUGCAGUAUCUUCUGCAUCCAGUCCAUUGAUUGGACCACUACUCCCAGGUCAGCAUUCUGAACAUCCAGGUCAGCAGAAGAAGUGGAAUGAGAUCAAAGACUAUUUAUGGGUCCAUGACCGGUUCAAAGGUGUCAAUUAUGGAAAAGUAUCGGAAAUGUCUGGUUUGGAGAAAGAGAUUGAGAGUGCAAUUACAGCAAAAGAUUUCAGGACAGCAGAAAAGCUGAGUGAUCAUCUGGCAAACAGAGACUUUGGGGCUCAAAUUCAUGAUGCCAUAAAAGCUAAGGAAUAUGUAGCCAAACAAGAGGAAGAGAAAAUGAAAAAAUCACAGAAAAAGAAGAAAAGGAAAUUAGCUUGGAGGUUUGAGGCAAAGGAAAGAUGGGAAAUGAAAGGGAAUAUGUAAGAAACAGCAAGUGGAACGUAAGAAAAAUCAUACCGACUCUAGUCUCCAUAAAUUGAGGAACAAGCUGCGGAGAACUUGGAAGCGCAAAUCUUGUCACCUUUCGUCAAGCACCCUGAUUAUGGAAUUGUUUACUAUUCUGAACAUUAUGUUGUCUUGAAAGCGUAUGCUUGUGUAAGACAUAUCUCU